CCCAAAAUGGCUGACGCCUUUCGUUGCUGAUCUCCUAUCCAGCUUUCUGCUCGCCCACUCCGUUACGAGCCGACAGCUGUUAACUCUCCUCCCCACACGUAGCAACCGCGCAUUGAAUCAUUCAAAGGAAACAGAGAGAAGUCCUGGGGAUCCGUCACUCCCUUCGCCUCCCCGCGCGCCGCGCCUCACUCUCAAACCCCACUCGCUCUUGGAUCCAGAUCAAGAACCAUAACUCCCGUCUCGUACUGUUUCCCUCCUCCUUCCGUAAACCCUCGAGUUAUCUUCUUGUUCUUGGUUCUUGAUCGAUGGCCUUCCCGUUCGCGGGGAUUCGCUUCCCCGCCGUGAAAGCUUCGGGGCUAUCACCUCGAUCGGGGAUUCAUGGAGAUCGACGGAAUGGUGGGAAUCCCUCACUCCCAUUCUUGAAGAAGGCUUCUUUCCCGGGGAAAUUACUUGCUGGAAAUUCUUCUUAUGAACCAGAUUCUGCAUCUAUGACUGUUUUUGCAUCUGGAAAGGUGCUGAUUCCAGGUGGCGAAAGUGAUGGUUUGUCAUCUUCUGCAGAUUCAAUUGGGAACCCUGAAGUUGCUCCUGAUGACGUAUUACAAGAACCAACAGGUCUACACAUUGAAGAUGAGGAUAAGGUAGAAGCUAGGUGGACACCGAUGUCUUCAGAAGCCAUGAAUGAUGAAAUCAUGAAUGAAGGUGCUAAACAGUCUUUACAUCCUCCAGCCAAUCAGACAAUUGAAAAGGUUGUUGAGGAGAAACCAAGAUUUAUUCCUCCACCUGGUACUGGACAAAGAAUUUAUGAAAUUGACCCAUCUUUGGAAGGUCAUCGUGCACAUCUCCAUUAUCGGCGGUUUUAGAUUCUGACGAUAUACCUUUUGGUGGAUUCAACCAAAUCGAUCGCACUGCCGCGUACUUGAGCUAUGAAGGUCUAUAUGAUAAUAGGCCCCGUUCCUUCUUGGUGUAUGCCCCAAGUAGAACAGCUGUCGUGUAUGCUCUAUCUGAGGACUGAUUUGACAUUGUGAAGUCAUUUACUACUGUAAGAAAAGCUGCAUGCGAAUCGUAUGGUUUGUGCUAUCUCAAAGCAUCGUGAAGGAGGUAAGAGUAUGCAUUGCAGCUGAUACUGCUGGUCUCUUUUUUCAUCCCAUAAUGUAUAGCUUCGGAGAGAGAAAUUUGAUGGUCAAGUCGUCAAGGUUCCACGGGCAAGGAUGAUCGUUAAACCAUCUGUUUCCAAUCGCUGCAGCUACACAUGGCAUGGCAUUAUGUACAUUGUCGCUUAGCCACUUUAUUCAUCCAAAUCCAUAGGAUCUUUCACAUGCUCAUCUUUGUCCACCUUUUAAUAUUAUUUAUGAAUAAAUCAUGUCCCAUGAAAUUAGGAGGGGCAUAAAGCCAUGAUGGUAAACAGACUGGUACCAUUGUGCAUUUAUUGUUGAUACUUUAAGAUUUGUGCUCGGAGUCUGUCUCAUGUGAUUGUUGGCAAUCGGUCUGGAUGCGGCAGUCGGCGGCAUUGGA